AUGUUUACCACUGAAAGAAGUCGUGAUUUUGGUAAAUGGUGUGUAACAUUGGGUCAAGGAAUCUUGGCUUUGGCUUUAAUGGAUAUUAGUGAAAAAUCUUUACUUUCUACUUCUUUUCCAAAAUAUAUUACUCCAACUUCACAAAUUUCUCCAAAAUUUAUAAUACAAAAACCUUUACCAUCAUCUUCAUUAUCAUCAUUAAAACGAUCGAAAUCACAAUCACAACAAAAACAAUUACUAAAACAAACGAAAGAACUUUCUCCUUUAUCAAUGAUUGAUUGGAAAAAAAUCGUUUGUCCAAGUAAAAGAUAUUCAACUCCCAUCGCAUCAUCAAUACCAUCAUAUCUUAUUAAAUCAAAACGUAAUAUGUCAGUAAAAUUAAUAAUUUCCACUGCAGCAAAUCGUAUUAUGAUUCAUCAAAAAUCUCGUACAGCAGCCAUAUCACAAUUAAGCCAUAGCAUUUAUGAUAAAAAUUUGAAACUUGUUGAAGAUCGACCAACGAUUUAUCAACAACGUCGUCGUCUUCAUAAAAAACAAUCACCUUCAAUGACUUUACAAGUAGCAAGAAGAUGUUUGAAAAUCAUGUUGAAAAUUAAAAACCAUAGAAACACCAUAUAA